UUUUCCUUGUGUCUCCUUACUGGGUUUUUCUCCUUGGAUUUACGGUUUGUGUUCUGACCUGGCUCCCUGUGUUUCUUGUUUCUCCAUCAAGUUGUGCUCUCUGUGUGCUACCCCACAGCACCAGCCUGCAGAGUAUUCUGUUGUGAGAACGCCUCCCCAGUGGAGAAUAUCCCGCUGUGAACUGAAUCCCUUCCCAAUGAAGAAUUGCUGUUAGCGAGGAGUCGGCCCCCCAUCACUCACUUCCAAGAGUCGGCUCUACGAGUCGAAACAUUCCAAAUCGACCCAUUACUACUUUGAACACAACAUCGUUGUCUAACUGAAAUUUCAAACCACUUGGGCUUGGCCUCAGCACAUCCGUUGGUGACCGUAGUCAACGCACCGUUUCCUUUAUUGUAGCCCCGCACAACAAUGAAGUGUGAUAUUUGAAAAAAGACAGAUCCGCCACCGGAGUAGCGACAAUGUUUAAUGCACCAUGCGGUGUCCGGAGUCCAGUCAGUGAGAGGAAUCGCUUGCUGUGCUUAGGGCUGUGUUACGUGCUGAAAAUAGUAAGUGAUGACUUGGCUUGAGUAGUUAAAAAAUACUAAAAAUUUUCUCUGACAGCAGCAUGGAGACUUAUCCUAAUAUGCGGCAUUGUUGUUGACCACUUCCACAGCAGCUGUCCGUCUGUCUUUGCGCACUUUGACGGGGGGACGACGCACAAGGACAAAAUGCCACUACGGGAAUCAGUAACUCUGAGCUGUCUCGGACGUGGGGAGAGAACACCGAUCGCCCUUUAAAUGUCCACUGUGGAUAUCGGCUACCUUUCCACACAUCUGGAUUCUUCUUUCUUUCACACAGUAAUUUUGACAACAGUUUUCCAUCCUGAAGAACAGUGACUCACUGCAGGAAGAAGGCGAGUCGCUGCAUCCUAAUCAGACAGGAGAGAGGACUUCAGCUCAUUGACAUUACAGUCAUACUUUGGAGCACUUUUUUUUUUUUAUUUCUACUGCGCUGUACUGUAGAGUGCGUGUGCAUCGGAGGCUUGUGGCUUUCCUACUUCACGGAGGAGAAGAAGGAUACGGGUGGCACCUUUAGUGAAGUGGAAAUUAAACAAUCUAUUCAUCGCACUGGAAUUGACUGUUUUGAUUUUUUUUACAUUUACCCUUUUGAACUAGCGGAACAAUUUCUCCCGUGGUGAUAUGAGCGAACACUUACAAUAACUAUUCUGUUGGAGUCUGGAUCUCGAUUAUUGUUAAGAUGAGUCUGGGUGCUCAGCUGAAUAUAAAUUAGGCAUUCAGUACCACAGAUUGCUUGCUGAGGAGAGAAAGCAACAAAGCAAAGACAAUCUACAGCGACAAAUGUCAAGACAUCACAUGAUGAACUGGACUCUUUUCUUUAUCCGUCGUGAUAGAAGUAUCAAAUCUGAACAGAAUAUCAACAGGUCACAGAUAGAAUAAUCACUGCAAAGAUUUAAACAGCUUUUACUGAGUGGAGAUGCAUCUUUCUAUUUUCUUUUUCCUCCUGUUGUGGGCUCAAGCCUUGACAUUGAAAAACUUGAAUUACUCUGUCCCGGAGGAACAGGGACCAGGAACAGUGAUUGGGAACAUUGCCAAAGAUGCCAGGCUUGGACUUGAACAAAUUGGGCAGGGAGGACAGGGUAAGAAAGCCAACUUUAGGGUGCUGGAGAACUCAGCCCCACAUCUUAUCGACGUGGACCCCCAAAGCGGACUGCUGUACACAAAGCAGCGCAUUGACAGGGAAACAUUGUGUAAGAGAAACCCCAAGUGCCAGCUCUCCAUGGAGGUGUUUGCCAAUGACAAGGAGAUAUGCAUGAUAAAAAUAGAUAUUCAGGACAUCAAUGACAACUCACCCGUUUUUCCUUCUGAUCAAAUUGACAUCGACAUUUCUGAAAAUGCAGUGCCAGGGACACGCUUUCCUCUGACCAGCGCACAUGACCCUGAUGCAGGGGAAAAUGGCCUAAAAACGUAUCAAAUAACUUGCGAUGACUACAAUCUCUUUUCCUUGGAGGUAAAAUCCAGAGGGGAUGGGACCAAAUUCCCAGAAUUAGUCAUUCAGCGUCCACUGGACAGAGAAGAACGAAGCCAUCACACUCUCAUUUUGUCAGCCACUGAUGGUGGAGAAUAUCCUAGAUCAGGUACAAUGCAGAUAAAUGUUAAAGUUAUAGAUUCCAACGAUAACAGUCCAGUAUUUGAUCAAUCUUCUUAUGUUGUAGAAAUUCCUGAAAAUUCACCUCCUGGAAAAGUCUUAAUUGAUUUAAAUGCUACAGACCCUGAUGAGGGAAACAAUGGUCAAGUAGUCUAUUCGUUUAGUGGUUAUGCUCCUGAGAGAAUCCGUGAGUUAUUCUCAAUAGAUUCUAGAACAGGAGUCAUCAAGAUUCAGGGGGAAAUUGACUAUGAAGAGAGCUCAGUUAUCGAGAUUGACGUCCAGGCAAAAGAUCUAGGUCCCAAUCCAAUUCCGGGCCACUGUAAAGUCACCGUUAAAGUGCUUGACAGGAAUGAUAACUGGCCAUCUAUAGGCUUUGUGUCUGUGAGACAGGGAGCCAUCAGUGAAGCAGCACCCCCAGGCACUGUCAUUGCUCUGGUCCGUGUCACAGACAAGGACUCUGGAAGAAAUGGGCAGCUCCAGUGCAAGGUGUUGGGUAAUGUCCCUUUUAAACUUGAGGAGAACUAUGAUAACUUCUACACAGUGGUUACAGACAGGCCCCUGGACAGAGAGGUGCAGGAUGAAUACAACGUUACUAUUGUAGCCAAAGACAAUGGCAUUCCUCCUUUAAACUCCACAAAAUCUUUUACAGUGAAGAUUCUUGAUGAGAAUGAUAAUGUUCCUCGCUUCACCAAGUCAGUCUACCUACUUCAAAUUCCUGAAAACAACAUCCCUGGGGAGUACCUAGGUUCAGUUCUGGCACAUGACCCAGAUCUAGGCCAGAAUGGCACUGUGUACUACAGUAUUAUCAACUCCAACGUGAGUGGGGGUGAUGUCAACACCUAUGUUAAUGUAAAUGCCGCUAACGGAGCCAUCUAUGCUGUAAGAUCUUUUAACUAUGAGCAGAUAAAGUAUUUUGACUUCAAAGUUCUUGCUAAAGACGCAGGAUCUCCACAUUUAGAGAGCAAUGCUACUGUGCGCAUUAGUGUCUUGGACGUCAACGACAAUAUCCCUGUCAUAGUUUUGCCGCUUCUCCAGAAUGACACAGCUGAAAUCCAUGUUCCUCGAAAUGUUGGAGUUGGCUACAUUGUUACCACAGUGAGAGCAGUAGAUAACGACUACGGUGAGAGUGGAAGACUCACCUAUGAAAUUUCAGAUGGCAAUGAAGAACAUCUCUUUGAGAUUGAUCCUGUAACUGGGGAGGUGCGAACGGCUCACCCUUUCUGGGAUGAUGUAAGUCCCAUUGUUGAGUUGAUCAUUCGUGUAUCAGACCACGGCAAGCCAACUCUAACUGCCGCUGCCAGACUCAUCGUCAAGGCCUCCAACGGGCGUCCUCCAGACGGACUUCCACACAUGAAAGACAAUCAAAACUGGGACAUGUCACUGCCUCUUAUUGUGACUCUGAGCAUCAUAUCUAUCAUGCUUCUAGCUGCCAUGGUGACCAUAGCAAUCAAGUGCAAGCGGGAGAACAAGGAAAUUCGUACUUAUAAUUGUCGCAUUGCAGAGUAUUCGCACCCACAGCUGGGUAAAGGCAAGAAGAAGAAGAUCAACAAGAACGACAUCAUGCUGGUGCAAAGCGAAGUGGAGGAGCGGGAUGCCAUGAAUGUGAUGAAUGUGGUAAGCAGUCCUUCCCUGGCCACCUCUCCCAUGUACUUUGACUAUCAGACACGCCUGCCACUCAGCUCACCAAGGUCAGAGGUCAUGUACCUCAAACCCACUGCCAAUAACCUCAGCGUGCCCCAAAGCCACGUGGGAUGCCACACCAGCUUCACAGGCCCAGUCACCAGCACUACAGACACACCUACUAACCGCAUGUCCAUCAUACAGACGGACAAUUUCCCCACUGAACCUAAUUAUAUGGGUAGCAGACAACAGUUUGUUCAAAGUAGUUCAACAUUCAAAGACCCAGAGCGAGCCAGCCUCAGAGACAGCGGCCACGGUGACAGCGACCAGGCUGACAGUGACCAGGACACCAACAAAGGCUCCUGCUGUGAUAUGUCUGCAAAAGAAGCCCUCAAACUGAAGGCUGCAGGUGUGAAACCACCACCUUUGGAACAAGAUGAGGAUUGUUUAAAUUGCACAGAGGAGUGCAGAGUACUGGGUCAUUCUGACCGCUGCUGGAUGCCUCAGUUCCCUGCAGGCGGAAACCAGGCGGAAGGUGUUGACUACCGCAACAAUAUGUUUGUGCCGGCCGGGAUGGAGGCAGUUGCCGAGACAGAAACCUAUGAGACUGUCAACCCCAAUGGCAAGAAAACAUUCUGUACUUUUGGCAAGGAGCGACGCGACCACACCAUCCUUGUCGCCAAUGUCAAGCCCUACCUAAAAGCAAAACGUGCCCUCAGCCCCCUGCUGCAAGAGGUACCCUCAGCCUCCGGCAGUCCAACCAAGGGUUGCUCCACGAUGCCUCCGUGCUCCGCAGUAAAAGGCCCAGCAGAUGGGGCUGAGGGCAAACCUCCCCCAGCCAGCUGCUCUGUCCACUACGGGCCACCUGAUGGUCAAUACCUGUCACCUACUAAACAAACAAGAGACCAAGGGGUGUACCCAUCGUUGCCUCCCUCAGACCCAGUGGCCAAGGUGCUUGCAGAGGCCCGCUCCAGGAUCAGUCAGGAGGCAGCAGGUGAAAUGGAGUGUGUCCUGGAGCAGGCGGAACCAGAUUCAAGCCGCGACGGAAUGGACGCUGACCAGGUGGUGAGAGACAUCGACAAACUGUUGCAGGACUGCAGAGAAAGUGAGGCCACUGGCACACUGAGAAAGUGACUCAAAGGACUGCAACAUAGGAAUUGUGAAGAUAAAAGUCGGGGUUUGUUGCUCUUCUAACGACUCUCAUGCCAAAACUGUCACCAAAACAAAUUGAAAAGGUUAAACCUCUCUGGUCCCCAGAGCGUUUUUCACUGUAUUUGUUGUAGAAAAAGUACAGACACUGGACUUUUAUUACGUCAGUCAUAUGGCAACCAACAAAAUAAGAAACUGACAUCUGACUUUUUCUGAAUUUCUAAACUUUUUUUGGAUUCUUAAGAAAAUUGCAGGGGUUUAAGCCUCUGGCACCUCGCAAGCUCCUAUCUAAGUGCCCACCAGCUCAUUCGUGUGUUGUUCAUGGUCUAUUGUGAAAUCCUACAUAUCUUUUUAAGUGUGCGUAGGUGGAUUUCUGUUUUGCGUGUUGGACAUUGAAACUGAAUGACAAAGGACUACUUAUGGUCAGACCUGACAAUCGAUGUGGAAAAAGAGAAACAAAAGCUGAUCUAAUCGGACAGUGAAAGACAGGAACACAACUUUACCUGUUUAUUUUGGUUAUUUGUUUGUUUGUUUUUUUAUUAAGUGAUAAACAAAAAGUGUAGCGUGUGAUGGACCAGAUCCGUACCUGAAGAGAUUUCCUUUUAGGGGGCGGUUGCUAUGGACCAGUCGGAUCUGUUUCAGUUGGAUUUAUUAACAGUGUAACCAUGUCUCACCCCUCAUUUUGUAACUACAUGUGUAAGCUGUGUCUGUCCCACACCUCUAUUUAAAUGUUCAUGUUGCUCAGCAAUGUAGUCGCACGCACCAACGUCACCACAUGUCCACUGCCACACUGCAUACACACACGGCAGUACAUUGACACGCGCUGACGCUGCACCACUCGCGGAAACACGCAAACAAAUGAAUGCUCACACACAACUGCCCAUCUGUGGAUUUGUCUUAUACAUGUACACCAUCAGCUUUUAGUCCCUUGUGUACAGUGAAUUAUCAUGUGUGUGACUAUGCCUUAAGGCAACCAAGUUGUAUAAAAGGGGACAUGUCUUUCCUCAUCUGUGAAAAGAUAAUAUCUAUAUGGUUAUAUAGAUGACUGUAUGUAUGAAUCCAUGUAUAGUGUCCGAAUAUCAGCAAAAUAUUUAUACAUUUUAUAAGGAGGAAAAAAAAGGAAUUUGAAGUGAAUAGUGUCCUGGAGUUGAGGUCAGGUGAGAAGCUUUUCAGGAAAGAACUGCAAAGGACACUGCCAUUGUUUCAAAGACAAAUAUCCAAAAAUAUAACAAAACAAGAAAAUGUCCCUUCACAUUAUCACUAUACAUAAUAUCAUUAUAUGUGUAUAUGUAUCCAAUUUAGAUGUGUUUACAUCAGAAAAACUGACAUAUUUUUAUUGAUUUUACUGCAAUUUCUGUGCAUUUGAGCCAAAUUGUUAUGUGUACAAAAGCUAUAUUGUGUAUUUUAUUAAAUUAAUAUAUUGUUGUGUUGCAAUAUACAUGGGCUUAUAUUGUAUUUGGCAAAAGUUGCCUUAGUAGCUGUCGAACUCUGUGAGUUUGCUUUAGUUUGGGUUUCUGUUGGUGUUUCCUUUUUUCCAUCUCUAUUCUGCAUCUUUGCAGGCAGACUGGCCUCAGUGCUUUUGAGAUGUCGCCUCUUUUUACCCUGAGAUCCAGCUGGAUCAAAUACAAUAACUGUUAGAAGCUUAAUGAGCCAGCUGAUCUGGAAGACGAUUCAAACCAACAACAAAAAAAAAAGCAACAACAACAAGGAGACAGUUUGACUAUUUUUACUGAGCAAAUUUUUUAUAAGGCAGCUAUUUUCUUUAACAAUAACAAGUCUGCAUAUUUUCUGUUCAUUCUGUUUCUACUUUCUUUCCAAAAAAGAGAAAAAAGAAACCCGCCAUAUGGAAAGUGGAGUGGUUUCCUUGGUGAUCAUGAAACUGCCUUACCGUCUCUGCAGAGAGCUUGUUGUAUCUGUGGAGCUUUGUGACUGCUUCUUAAGCCCUGGUCCACCAAAAUGUGCAUUUCCUAUAAAGGACCAAAACAGGUUCUUUUUCAACAGUCUGCGUUGUUUAUGUAUGUACUUCUUCUUCAAUACAUGUUGGAAAUCUCAUACUUUGCAGAGAGACUUAUCUGAAAUUCUAUCUGAAGUUACUUUGGAAAAUCUUUGCUGUUUGGGUACAUGGUUUGUAUAACCAGGUGUCUUUGCAUUCAGGAUUUCUUAAAAUAAAAAAAUGAAGAAAAACAUUUAUUUUUGAGAAUUUUGGCAAGUUUCGGCCAGUCUGAAAUACUAAUGCAGGGUGCUUUUUAAAAAAAAAAUCCCUUAGAGUAAGGUACACUGAAUAGUAGGCUACUUGUGUUCUGGAAAAUGUGACCACAAUCAUAAAAUGUAUAUAACCUGCAGCCAUAACAGGAAACAGUGACUUAUUGUGGCACCCAGAUAUGUUGGAAGUAGAUUUGCCUGUUGACAUACAGGCAAAUCACACCCAUCUUUUUUGGAUUUACUUUGUUUGGGCAUUCUAUCAUUUUUCUGUUCUGCAUCAUUUUGACUUCUUUGCAUUUGCUAUUCAUUCACUGACAUCUCUCCCUUUUUGACUGUUUUCUUUCCUUAGAGGGGCAAAGCAACUGUUACCUUUUCUCCUCUCUUUCAUCUGAAAAGUAUUUGGUUUAGGUUUACCCUUGCUCUUUUUUGCAGGAGAAAAGCAGAAUGCUGAUUUUUAGACAGAGCUUAGAGGCUUUGACAGAGGAGCACAAAUAUUUACGCUUCUCUUUUUUUUCUGAGGAGACUUUUUCUUCCAUUUUAAUUUAAAUAUCUGGAUAAAUCAAGCAAGCCUCAGAAUUACAUGAUACAGGCAGAACUAACAGUUCACAUUAUCAGCUUGCACUGGAACUUUGAUCCAGCCAGGAAUGCCAUCACACACACUCAAUAACACCAGUGUGUUUAAGUAACAUAGUGAUUAAAUGCACUGGUGCGUUUAAGCAUUUCAUUUUCAUAAGCACUGAAAAUGAAAUAAAUACUUAAAGGGAGGGGAAAAAAACAUUGCAAAGUUGAUUCUGAGUCUUUAUUUACCCUAGUGAUUUUUAAUGUUGCGCGACUUUGUCUGCCUCUUAGCUAGAGCCAGCAGUCUUUCUUUGUGUUGUGUUGCGUUGCGUGCUUGUUUGCUUGAUUUCUGUACAUAUUGUCCAUUUCCCUUCUUUUCCACCUCAAACUCCAUUUGGAUGUCAUUCCUUUCUUUUCCUUAUUCAAAACAGGUAUGUUGAAGACAUCCCAGGUUUUAUUGUUUCCACUGUCGCUGUCACAAUUCAAGGUACUGUCCCCUUUGAUGGUGUUCCCUCGCCCUGGCCCCUGUCUGCACAUAUAAAAAUCGAAGGUGAAGAAAUGUGCUGGGUCCAGUUGUGGAAAGGAAUUCUCUAAAGCCAUGGCCCCCUUUUCUCAGGCUAUUGCUGUUUAAUAGAGCAGAGGCUGCUGUUCAGGGCCAACACAUAGUUUGGCCUCAGAAGUUUAGAGAUUGAGCGUUAUGUGAGGUCUCUCAUUAUUGUCUAAUUAUACACUGGCAUCUUGCACUGUUGGCAGUGCAUUGCUCAAGCCUAGAGUGUGAUAUUUUUUGCCCACUUGAGACUUGUUGGCUUUACCAAGCGAUUAGGGAAGGACCUUGUUGAAUGUGGCUAACCACCUCUGGUCUAUUACUCACACUGAUGCAAGUGCACCCAGACUCAGACAGUCACUGCUUCACAAACACAGACACAUAUCAGACAAUAUGCCUUUUUGGUUUGUUAAAUUAAGCACCCAAUGAUGUUGGUGUUGUUCCCUCACCCACAGGGCCCGCACUGAUAGCGUGGGGCUCCACUUUAUCAUGAGCAGCUGGUGAAAAGACCAGAGACAUUUUUAUUUGUAUGGAUUAUUUCUGCUAUUGUCUAAAGGCUGUGUUCAUUGUGAUCUAUCUGAAGUUAAAAAAGAAAAACAGUUAAAAGCGCAAAUAAAAAGGAAAUAACCAAAAUGU